AUGUAAUCAUUAAAAGAAUAUAUUCCUAUUGUAUUGAUUAAAGAUCAAAUAAGCAAAAGAGAAUUCAAUUUAUAAGGUAUUGAAGAAAAGUAACAAUAUUUUUAUUUACUAGAAUUCCUCUAAAUGAAUAUGAAAAUAAAUCUCCUAAAAUCAGUUUUCAUAUUAAUAGUUCCAGAUCUAACUCUAUUUAAAAAACAAUCCCUUCUAUUAUUAAGACAACUGUAUUUCCAAAUAUUCUUCAAUAAACAAAAUUAGCUAUCAUUAGAUAUAGAUAAUCUUAAUAAUUAUAUUUGGAUCCUGAUAGUUUACCAAUUCAAAAGGAAUCUAAUGGAAAAAUUGAAAAAAAGAUUAGGAAUUUGAAAUAAAAUAAAUCAAGUUCAAAAAUACAUGCCUAAUCUACAAAGCAUUCUACUCAAAAACCAAUUAUAACAUAGAUUACUACUUUAAUUAAAGACAAUAUCAGUAUUCAAAGAAAGAAUUCAAUAAAACUUAGAAGUCAUAGUCCAGAAAUUGAACUUUAAGUUUGGUAAAUGAAUAGUAAAUUGAGAAAAAUUAAUAAAGCUAAUGAAACUCAAAAAGAAAUUCACUAUUUCGAUAGAUCCAAAAUUUGUUGGAAAACUGAUGAAAUUCAACAAAUUUUACAGUAAAAAUACCUUCAAACUUAUAAUAAUAUAAUAAAAGGAUUGAAUAAGAUUUUUAUUUUAAUUUACUUGCCAAAUUAAGAUCUUUAUAUGAAGAACUCUUAAAUUUAAACUAAAUUAAUGUAAACUCAUUUUAAUUUAUAGAAUCAAUAACUUAGAAUUAAAUGUCUUUCCUUUUUUUAUUCCUAUUUAUGAGAAAAUCAUUAAUGAUAAAGAGUUAAAUGACAAUUUUAGAGAGUGGGUUUCUUAUUUUCUAAAUAUUUUACAUCUUCAAAAUCAUAUGAAUUAUGUAAAAGCAUUCACUUUAGAUGGUGUUGAAAUAAAUUAAUUAAAUUAGAUAUCUAUUUAUGAUAGAUUAUUGUAUAUUCAACUAUAAGUAAAUAGAUUACUAUUUUAAGGGUUAAUUUGAUAUUUGGAACAUCUUAAGAUAGCAAUUAAAUUUAUAAGGAUAAUUUCAAUUAAACAAAUAUCCAAAAUUAGCUAUAAAAUUAUUAGAUUUAAAAUAAAAGGAUGAAAUCUUAAAAUUCUUUAAAAAAAGAGAAAAUUUGGUUCCCUUUUAUUUUCAAUAAUAAUAAUAAUAAUAAAGUUCUACUUCAUUUAAAUCAUAAUAUUUAAUUGAAUUAGAGAAUGAUCUUAGAUUACCAGAUGAAGAUAUGUUUGAAUAAUCAAUAAUUUAGAUGAAUGAAUAAGAAUAAGAUACUUAUUUGAAAUUAUUGUAGCACUAUAUUAAAUCAAAUAAAACAAAAUAUUCUAGUAAAUUAAAAAGUUUAGAAGAAAUGAUGAGAUCAAGAUUAGAAAAAAUAAAAGCAAUGAAGAGAUAUUCAAUUUAAGUAAAACUUUAAUCAGUAAAAAUAUUAAUAAAAGUUAGAAAAAACAAUUAGAGUAUUAGGAAAAAGUAAAUUUUGAGAGAAAAUUAAUAUAAGAGAAUGAAAAAUCAAUUUAAGAAAUAUAGGAGGAAGUUUUUGAUGAGAUUAUGCCAUAAAAUACACAUAUUUUCAAAAAAAAACAAAAAUAAAUUUAAUCAAUAGAAGAUCCAUUUUAAUCAUUUUCGAAUAAAGAUAAUAAAAAGUUUAAAGAGAUUACAUAAUUGAUUAAUAUUGAAAAGAUUGUAUUAGAAAAGAAUUUAUCAAGAUAAGACAUUUAUUAUUAUUUGUCGCUUUUUAAAGCAUUAAUGGAUUCAGAUUCAACAAGGAGAAUAAAAGAUAUUAAUUAUCCUACAUUAUUUAUAAGUGUAGAAUAAUUAAAGAGAGGGAUAGCUUUUAUAGCAUUAUAUAAGAAUAUUGUAAAUACAAAGAAAUUAGCAGAGGUUUAUAAUCGCGAGUAUCAAUAUUGUGAAUUUAUGGAAUUUUUAGAUAUUUUUACAAUAUAAGAUAAAAUAAAAGAGGAAGAAUUGAAGAAUAUAGAAAUGAAUGCAGAUGAUUCAUAAGAGAAAGAGAUGGAAUAAUGUGAAUGAGAGAGUUAAGAAUUUAGAAAAUAAUAAAUUGAUAAAAAUUGAUUAAUUUUGAUAAUAAUCUAAUAAGGGUAU